AUGGCUUUGCUGUGGCUGCUCGUGCUGCUGGCCCUGGCCGGGCCCGUGGGGGCCACCUGGGACACCUGCAGAUGGCUUUUUUUUGCUUCCAGAGGGACCUGUGGGCUCCUGCCCUUGGCUUCUGACCACAGCUCCGUGGCUUCUGCCGAGGACAUGUCCCAUGCUGUGGGUGGCACCAGUGCCCAGUCAGGGGCCUGGCCCGGCAUUGUCAGCAUCCAGGCCACGUGGGAGAACGGCACGUGGCACAUGUGCACGGGUGUCCUCCUCAGCCCCCAGUGGGUCCUCACGGUCGCACACUGCUUCGCCAGGGCUGGGGCCGUCUCCACCUGGGAGGUUGUGAUUGGGGCCACAGAUCUGACUCAGCUGGGCCCCGAGGCCGCGGUCAGACACAUCCAGAGGCUCCUGGUGCACCAGCACUACGUGCCUGCCACAGCCAGGAACGACAUCGCCCUGCUGGAGCUGGACCAGCCCGUGGAGUGCAGCGACUACAUCCAGCUGGGCUGUGUGCCCGAUGCCUCGCUCAGGGUCUCAGAGCUGAAAUCCUGCUACAUCGCCGGCUGGGGGGACAGCGGGAGUCCCCUCGUCUGCAAGGACAACACAGCUGACUACUUCUGGCUCGUGGGCAUGAACAGCUGGGGAAGAGGCUGUGACAGAGCCAGGCACCCCGGGAUCUACACCUCCACUCAACACUUCUACAACUGGAUCCUGCUCCAGACGGGCCUGAGCCCAGCAGACAUAACCGGAUCAGCACCAGAGCCGAACUGCGCCCCGACUCCUAAGCCAGAGGUCACCUUGACUUCUGCAGAGACCCCGAUGGCAGAGCCAGAGCCAGUGCCAGAACCAGAGCCGACGACAGUGACAGUGCCAGUGCCAGAGCCGACGACAGUGAGAGUGCCCGAGCCAGAGCUGGCAACAGUGGCAGUGCCAGAACCAGAGCUGGCAACAGUGGCAGUGCCAGAACCAGAGCUGACAGCAGUGCCAGAGCCGACGACAGUGAGAGUGCCAGAGCCGACGACAGUGAGAGUGCCAGAGCCAGAGCCGACGCAAGUGCCAGAGCUGACGCCAGAGCCAAACACUGCCCCUGUGCCCGAGGAGGAGCCGGUGUCAGCACCGGAACCGGAACCAGAACGGAACCCGGACAGGCUCAUGCGCAUCUCGGUGCCGUACCAGAGCCUGCUGAAUUUCUGUAAACUGCUCAGGGAUUUCUUGCAGUUCCUGCGGGAGCAGCUGGGCUGA